GAUAUUCAGGCAAAGAGGACGCGACUGUGUCUGUCGCACAGUUUGUGUUCACCUACUAUGGUGACGAACACAAGUACAACCACCUAAAAACUCAAGUACGACACAGGAUUACGACAUCUCCUAUUGGAUUUUACACGGAAUAUACGACAAAGCAAGUCUUCAACAUGAUGUAUCGAUUCCUGGACAUUUCCUUGAUUGUUUGCUUCUCCGUCUCGCUCAUGUUCGUCGGUGUUGAAAGCAUGUCAGAGCUUCCUCCGCCGAAGAAUCUCAACUUUAAAUGGGAAACACCUUUCACGCUUAAUUUGACCUGGGACAAGCCGGAGGAUUUGGAUCCAGAAUGUUUGGUGAACUACACAAUAAGCGUGAGCUCAUCUCUGAUCUGUUCUAACAGUAACAGCGAAAAGAGAAGAGUUGCCACCAACAAGGUCUUACUGAACGUCUCCAAUGUGAAUGGACUGUGUAUCAAUGUUACUACAAACUUUGACAACUGUGGAGAUAAACGGAGCCCACCUCAGAUCAUCACCAUCCCUCCACCUCCAGUGCUGCUGGUGAAAGACAGGGACUUUGCAUAUUCCCAUAACAAGCUGAUGUGCACUUGGAGACCUGCUGUUGAUGUCAAAGACCUGGGUUUUUAUUACUGGGAUUCUUCGCUUGAAUCACUAAUGCGAUGUAUACCUGAUGAUACUAUGAAGAUGGGAGGAUGUGUCAUACAUAACAAACGUCUCAAAGAAAUUAAUGUUUUUAGCCAAAUGUUCUACCUGUUCAACGGCACUUACAAUGGGACUGUUGUAAACAACACCUUCAGGGAUGAAAGUGCAAUGCAAUAUGUGAGACUAAAGAAACCUCAGCUUACAGUCCAAAGAGUUGGGGACUCACUCAUGUUUCAAACAAAUGCAUCAGAUCUAGACGAGUUUGAAGAAAGUUGCUACAAAUACAACUAUACAUACAACGAGUGUGGAAAGGAAUCACGUAACUUCACAGAACACAUAAGCAAAUCUACAAAACAGUUUGACCAGUACUGCAAGUACAAAGCCAGAGUGCAGAUCCAUUUCUCAAGCAACUGUGGACGAGGAUUUAGUGAACUGAGCGACGAAGUGGAAUAUGGUGAGAACAGCAAUCCAAGCACGCCUGCGUUACUGGCCCUCAUCAUAAUCCCGCUCAUGGUUUCCUGUUGCCUGAUAGUGUCUCUUGUGCUGCUCAGAAGAAAUAAAGACAUUCUAUUCCCAAAAGUCCCGGGCCCGUCGCUUUUCUUCAAGGAGAUGCUCAACAAUAGUGCCAGUGGGCCUCAGGGACUACAGGCAAACUCUCCAAUGAACAUAGUCUAUGAUCCUACUGAAGAAACCGUGGAAUACAAUAUAAUUCUAGAAGACACAUCGCUUAUGCAGAGUAAGCUGGAGUAA